GGCCGCAGGCGCGCAGUCUCGCCCCCCGCCAGAGCGCCCCGGCUCGGCCCUGGAGCGGCUUCUUGUAGACGUUCGAGGAGCCUGCCGAGUGCCGUCCCGGCGCCCGACCGCCCACCGUCCGGCCCGUUGGCCCGCUUCUUCCUGAUGCAGACUGCCGUCCACUAGAGGCUGGACAGACCCCCGAGGUGAUCCAUGGCAGGGGACAUGGAAGGAUUCUGUUCCUCCAUCCAUGACACCAGUGUCUCUGCUGGCUUCAGAGCACUGUAUGAGGAGGGAUUGCUUCUUGAUGUCACUCUGGUUAUUGAAGACCAUCAGUUCCAGGCCCAUAAAGCACUCUUGGCCACCCAGAGUGAUUACUUCAGAAUUAUGUUUACUGCAGACAUGAGGGAGCGAGAUCAGAACAAAAUUCACUUAAAAGGUCUAACUGCUACAGGCUUCAGCCACGUCCUUCAGUUUAUGUACUAUGGAACUAUAGAACUGAGUAUGAGUACAGUUCACGAGAUUCUUCAGGCUGCCAUGUAUGUUCAACUUAUAGAGGUGGUGAAGUUCUGCUGCUCUUUCCUGUUAGCGAAAAUCUGCUUAGAAAAUUGUGCAGAAAUUAUGAGACUCCUAGAUGAUUUCGGUGUAAACAUCGAAGGAGUCAGGGAGAAGUUGGAUACCUUUCUGCUAGACAACUUUGUGCCACUCAUGUCCAGGCCUGACUUCCUGUCUUACCUGAGCUUUGAGAAGCUCAUGUCUUACUUGGAUAAUGAUCAUCUGAGCAGAUUCCCAGAGAUAGAGCUGUACGAGGCUGUGCAGUCUUGGCUGCGGCAUGAUAGAAGACGCUGGAGACAUACUGAUACCAUCAUUCAGAACAUUAGAUUUUGUCUGAUGACCCCAUCCAGUGUUUUUGAAAAGGUUAAGACAUCAGAAUUUUACAGAUACUCUCGACAGCUGCGCUAUGAAGUUGAGCAAGCAUUGAAUUACUUUCAGAACAUUCACCAGCAGCCUCUGUUGGAUAUGAAAUCAAGCCGCAUCCGCUCUGCCAAACCCCAAACUACAGUAUUCCGAGGCAUGAUUGGACAUAGCAUGGUUAACAGUAAAAUACUUCUCUUAAAGAAACCAAGAGUCUGGUGGGAACUAGAGGGCCCACAAGUACCUCUGCGUCCGGACUGCCUUGCUAUCGUCAAUAACUUCGUGUUCUUGUUGGGCGGGGAAGAGCUGGGCCCAGAUGGCGAAUUCCAUGCUUCUUCCAAAGUGUUUAGAUAUGACCCAAGACAAAACUCUUGGCUCCGAAUGGCAGACAUGUCUGUGCCACGUUCAGAAUUCGCAGUUGGUGUUAUUGGGAAGUUUAUUUACGCUGUAGCAGGCAGAACCAGAGAUGAGACUUUCUAUUCAACUGAGAGAUAUGACAUCACCAAUGAUAAAUGGGAAUUUGUGGAUCCUUAUCCAGUUAACAAAUAUGGACAUGAGGGGACAGUGCUUAAUAACAAGUUGUUUAUCACUGGUGGAAUCACCUCAUCUUCCACCUCCAAGCAAGUAUGCGUGUUUGACCCCAGUAAAGAAGGGACCAUAGAACAGCGGACCAGGAGAACACAAGUAGUUACCAACUGUUGGGAGAAUAAGAGCAAAAUGAAUUAUGCCAGAUGCUUUCACAAGAUGAUUUCAUACAACGGCAAGCUUUAUGUCUUCGGUGGUGUCUGUGUGAUCUUGAGAGCCUCUUUUGAGUCUCAGGGAUGCCCUUCCACAGAAGUGUACAACCCAGAGACUGAUCAGUGGACCAUCUUGGCAUCCAUGCCAAUUGGUAGAAGUGGCCAUGGUGUGACUGUGCUGGACAGACAAAUAAUGGUUCUUGGAGGCCUUUGCUACAACGGUCAUUACAGCGAUUCUAUUCUCACCUUUGAUCCGGAUGAAAACAAGUGGAAGGAAGAUGAGUACCCGCGGAUGCCCUGCAAGCUGGAUGGUUUACAAGUAUGCAACCUGCAUUUUCCAGAAUAUAUUCUGGAUGAGGUCAGACGUUGCAACUGAUGACAUCUUUCUCCCUUCAGAAAAGCCAAACAAAAUCCAUUUGCGACAAAGUAGUUAAUUAAAAAACAUAAGAAAAACCUCACCAGUUUUACUAUCAAAGCCAUUGGUCUAAUAUCGUAAAAAUGUUUUCAUUCUGUGCUAGCAUCCUUUUUUUUUCUUUUUAGUGGCCUCAAACUCAUGCAAUAAGUCAGUUGUAAGCGCUAGCUCUUGAAACUACUUCCAGAAGCAGUUUAAUAGAACAAUUCACUUAUCUGGGAAGUUGAUGUUAUGCUUUAAACAUUUCUUUCAAAUGUCAGCGUAGGAGUCAUGCAUCUUCUAAGAGAAGACCUGAUAAGUGUCACUGGAUGUAAUUUCAGUUCCUAUCUCUAGCUGAAAUCUUUUUGAACAUUUAUUUCAGUGUAUUUUAGUCUGUUAGACUUUUUGAUUUUAUUAUUUAAGUUUAAAACUCUUGACCUUUUUGCAUGGCUUUUUGCUGAAAACGCAAAAGUAUAAAUUUUCUACAAGAUUAACUUUUUUAUAUUCAGAACACUAUUUCUAAGCUGCCUUCUCUUAUCUGCAUUGUGUUAGUGAAAGCAUAUCCAUACUUGCUUACAUCUUAUGAAUAUAUAAGGCACAUCCCCUUUUAUGCGUGGUUAGGAUUCUAUAUUUUUAAGCUAGUGCACUUGCACACACGGUUUGCCAUACGUGUUGUAUUUUAGAUGUAACGUCUUUUCAUGUAUUAACAUUUUUAGAAAGAUAAUAACUGGAGUCCUCGUUUCGUAUCAGAGUAGCCUAUCUUCAGUCCAUACUGAUUCAGUAAUAUUCAAACUCCUUAUAUUCCUGAAACGUAUGGUUUUAUGAAAGUUAACAUUUUAUGUUUUACUUUCAAAAGAAAACAUUAGUGUUCCUUAUCGAUGUAUGUCUUCUUUUUGAAAAUGUUUUUCUUUGCAGUCUGUUUAAUGUUACCCUGUUUUUAGUGAGAAUUGGAGUGGUAUGUGACAAGGCCUGGCCCUGCAGCGUGCAAGCACUUUUAAAGAGAACUUAGGUAAUACCAGACUCCUAAAUAAAGGCCCCUUCAAAGUAAGUGCAACUCCCAUUCUUUGCAUUCAAUAAGGCUGCUGCAUCUGUUAUUGAAUGGAAAGUAGCAACUUGUGGAAAAUUUGAGCUCAGUUUUGACUUAGAGGUAAGGAAUAGAAUUAAUUAAUUAAUCUCAACUGGUCAUAUCUUCUUGUUUAUUUAGUACAAAAUAUUUAGCAGCACUGGGGAUGUAAGCCCUCAGCUUUUAUUUACUGAAAGCUAUUAGCAUGAAGGAUAGUAACCUCCAAGUUCAGAGUGGAUCAAGAAUAACUGUUCAAAAUCAUGGAUCAAGAAUAACUGUUCAGAAUCAUGGAUCAAGAAUAACUGUUCAAAAUCAUGGAUCAAGAUAACUGUUCAAAAAGUGUUUUAGGAUUAGCCGCACCUUUCAACUCAAAGGAAAAACAUAUAGUUGUCAAAAUUAAGCAAGAAUAACCAGGGAGUGGAUCAUUCAAAUUGAUGCCAUUUUAUCCUGAGUAGAGUCUAUAUCUGAUACUACGCUGGCAAAACUUGCCAGAUCUUAGAUGUUGGUGCAAUAUUGCAAUGCCUUCUAUACGGCUGUUGUAAAAAGUUUUGAGUUUCACUUUUUUUUUUCUUUCUUUCUUUCUUUUUCUUUUUUUUUUUUUUUUUUGCUGCUGCCACCACUGAACAUAAAAUGGAAGCGUGAAAUCAUGGAAAUGUGAAGAUUUGUUUCAUUUUUGUGAUUAAAAUAGACAACUGAAAAAACCUGAUUUUAAAACUCCACGGCUUGAGGCAUUUGAGUUUAAGAAACAGUCAGGUACAGAAGUAGUUUUUUUUUUUUUUUUAAAGCAAAACAUUGGGAUUGGUUUUAGAAAUCAGGUUAAUAUUCUUCGUGUAUGAGACAGAUUUUUAUUAAGUGGUCCUGUCAUUUAGUUUUUAAAAAUUAAAUUUGAUACCUUGUUUCCCAUGGUUAUAUGGGUAAAAGUCUUUUUAUACAUCUGAAAAAUCAUUUUUAAUCAUUGUACUUUUGAAAACUAGGAAUUAGGUGGGCCAUUUGAUUCUGUUUCUCAUGAAUUAGUUGGUGUAGUGAUUUAUAUGUGUGCUAUCUUGCUUUAAAGGAAAUAACAAUAAUGUCUUCAUUAUUUUCCUCAUUGUUGUCUUUUGCUGAAAAAGACUGAGACAGGGUACCCCUAUCAGGCUUUUACACUCCCAUGGUGGUUCUCUUUAAUUGCUUAGAUAUGACUCGUAGCCCUAGUUAAAGUAAGAUGGAAUAAACAAUUGAAUAUUCUUGGUCUUCAUUGUAAAAGCACAAGGCCAAGAUGAAAGUUCAUGUUUUGGAGAAUUUGUGAAAUCUUAACUUGAACUAAUUCUGGGUUCAGCUUCACACGUGAGUCAUGUCUGACCUGAUGUUAGCUGUAAUCAGUUUUGAGCUUUAAGAAUAGUUGUUAUUGCUUGGGUUCUGAAUGUAUGAGAAAACUCUUCUGUUUAUUUGUAGUGCUGACUUAGGUUAUUUUAAAUCCAUGAUUAACGUACAUUCCCUUUUAAAAUUAUGGUUUAAUUGCUGAAAGAUUUAUUUUUGUUAGACUAUGGAAAAUUUUUUCAUAGAAUUUUUUUCGAGUUUAUUUUUUGUGUGCUUCAUUUGGAACCAUUUUUGUUUAUAUACAUUGUAUGUGCUCAAAGUAGUUUUUUUUUAAAUUCAGUAAGAGAUUUAAAACUACAGUGUAACACGCUGUGAUCUUUGUGUGUUAAUUUUCAUUUUACAUUUUAAAUGCCAGACUUUACAAAAAUAGCUGAUCUUUAUUAAUUGCAUCUUAAUUAGAAACAUUUGUUCUCUUCCAUGUCUUUGACCUUCUAAGUUUUUAUUUUAGUCUGCUUAACGAAAAUCCUUGCACUACACCCUUUUCAUAAAAUUCAAGAUUCUCACAUUGAAGGUUUUGUAUUGGAAGAAAUACUACUGGUUUUUAAAAAGCAAGGCUUAAUUAAUAGAAUUAUUAGCAUUUCUUGAGACAGCUUUCUGUGUCCUCAUUACUCUGUGUGAGUGUUACUAUAAUUUGUGAAAUAUUGACUGAGCCCUUCACUUAUCUUUUCUGAAGCAGCACCUUUGGACACCUCAUUCUGGGAAGCCUGCUCAAGUUAUAGUAAAGGACACACACAUUUGUGUGGGGAGAAGUGAUAAAAAAUGGAGAGUUGUGUCUUAAUUACAUGAAACUAAGCUUUAAAAUAUUUUAUAACAAAUUAUUUGAGCUGCAUAAUCUAAACAUGUCAAACGUUCAGUGGGACUAUUUUUAUAUAUGUAUAUGUGGUUGUAGGUCAUAACAUUUCAGUUUAUAAUAUAAAUUGUUAUUUCAGUUUAUAAGCUAUCUCUCAGAAAAGACUAGCUCUUUUGAGAAUACAUAAUUUAAAGUUUUAGAGUGAAGUAAAACACAACAUAGAUAAUAGUGUAAAUUAGAUAUAAAUGAGGGCUAUAUGGCAGUAAAACUGCUAGUGCCAUUUUUCCUCUUUGUCUAUUACACAUUUUUUAUUUUAUUUUUUUUGUACUCUGAACAUUUUUAGGGAUCAUACAUUCUAUCAGAUUAGAGUUGGUUUGGGAAUAAGUAUCUUCUAAAAAGAGAUUUAUCUUAAAAAUGAAAUUCCUGAAAAAUUAGUUUAUCAAGAGUUUAUAAAGUCAAAUAUUCCAUAGACAUAGACUGGAAUAGGUAAACUCAUGAAAGUCAUAUCCUUUCAGUAUACCAGUAUAACUUCAAUAUUAAAUGAGUAACAUUGAGAGAAUGCCAUCAGCUUUGUUCCCCCUUAAUAUUGGAUUUUCGUUUUACAUCUUUGGGAACAACUACAUUAAGAACCUUAUUAAUCAGUAUAUCAGUAAGGAUUAGGUGUUUGCUUUCGGAAAGAAUGUUCCAGUGAGGUGAUCAGAGAGGUUAUUUUCUACCUAACUUGUUUAUGCCCUAUACCUCUUGGGCAUACUUUGUCUAUAGAAGAAAUAUUUUGACCUUUAGGUACAUUUUGGGCCAGUAGUCAAGUAAUCCUAGGACUGAUUUAAAAAUCUUAGACUAAUUUAAGGUUUGCCUUUUAUACCUAUUUUGAAAGCCUUUACAUUUCUGUCAGGUAAUUUUUCCCAUGCCGUGAAUAUAAAACAUGUUUAUGCUAUCCAUUCUGUUUUUAAAUUGAAAAAAAUGUUAAAAGUGUUUAUGAAGAAAAGUUUAAAUAAAAUAUUUUCAAUCUUUAAAAUAUACUUCAUCUCUUAUUAUUUACUAUCUUGAUAUAAUCUAUCACUUUCAAAGUCACUCAUGACUUGAUUAACAGUAUACAUUUUAUUUUCCUUCAACCUGCCAGGGAAGUGCCACAAAAAUGUAAUUUCUACUGAUGCUUUCAGCCACAGAUUGAAAUGAGAGCAUUUGAGUGAAAUUAUUUACACUUACAUGCAAUGGAAAUUUUAUAAUGAAGCCAAGUAAUUAAAGUUCCAUGAGCAGAGUUUUGCAGAAUGGAAAUAGAGAGCUAAUAGCAUUUAUAAACCCUCAAGCUUUAGUUUGGUGAUUUUUUUUAUUUUCUUUAGCAUUUAUGCUUCAUUGUUCUUAAAGGCAUUUCUGAAAUUAGGGAACCCAGCAGAAAUGAAUCUGCUACAACACAAGCACUUGGGUAUUUUUAGGCACAUAUGUGCCUUCUUUAAAACGGACUCCGGAGAACGACAGGAUUCCCUGGAUCUUGGCCUCAAGCCACCUUUCUAGCCUCUUUUCUUAUCACUUCCUGCACUCCUUUCUGUUGUGAUCUUUGUAUGUUAAUUUCCAGCUUCAAAUCACUUGCCUUCUUUUCCCUUUCCUGCUUGCAAAAUCCAUUUAUUUUGCAAAGCCCAACUCUAAUGCUCUUCUCUCCUACUGAAACCUGUGUUACUUCCAUUGAAUUAAUUGCCUCUUCUGUACUCAACACAUUUAUAGCUCUUAUUUCAUUUUGCAUACUAGUUGGGUAUAAUUCCUUCCACAAUUAGAUCAUAAUCUCCUUGGAUGAAGGGACUGUCUUUUAUUCCUUUUUGUACCCUCAUAUCUAGCGUGAUACUUUUUGUACAUAAUAGGCACUGAGCUAAAUGUUUAUCGCAGCAUGUGACUAAUUCUACCUGAGCUAUAGAAAGAUGCUGUAGACAUUCAGAAGAGGGAGACAAUAUAGUUCCCCAAGGUUUUUGUCUGUGCUUUUUUCUCAAGUCUACUGCCUGUCCAGUUUCACCCACAGCUAUGGCUUCACCUACCACUUUUAUUCUAAUAUCUUGUAAAUCUGUAUUUCUCAACCGAGAAAUAUCUCCAACUAUCUCAUGAACAUGUCUUACAUGCUUUAUAGGAAUCUCAAACUGAACAAGUGCAAACCUGAAUGCAUUAUCUCCCUCCCUGCAAACUUGCCCCUUGUCCUGUAUUUUCUGUAUUAUUAUGUAGCUCUAUCACUGCCUGAGAUCGUUCCAAGUCAGAAACCUGGAAUUGUUUACCCUUGCCUCUCUCCCACUUCUCCCCAACAUCUUAGUUCAUCUACUGUUAUCACUGCCCUCACCUCUCUGUCCAUACUGUCCUCUUGGAGCUUUCUCUCCAAUCUUCUACCUCCACAACCCAUUUUCUACUUUGCUGCCAGAGGGAGCUUUCAGAAGGUUAAUCUGGUCCUGAGAUUCAGCCGCAUUUAAUAAUCUCCCUUCACCAUGGGAAGAAGAUCCAGACUCCCUAGCAUGCCCUUCGGACCUGUUCAGUCUCUCUUGUGCCCAAUUCUCCAGCUAUGCACGAUGCUGGGAGUUCCCUGAAUAUGUCAUGUUUUCUCCAGCCUGUCUGCCUUCACACAUGCUCUUUCCAUCUUCCUUUCCUGGCUAACCCUUUCUUGGCCUUCAAGAACCAGCCCGAGCAUCAUGGCCUUUGUCAUCUUUUUGAACUGUCCCCUAUGGAUACCUAGAUCCUACCUUCUCUGACACUUGAUUAUGACUGUCUUCUUUAACUAUACUCAUUGAGGAAAGAUUCUUUUUAUCUUUAUUUUCCAAGAAUCUGAUAAUGUCUGGCACAGGGUCAGUCUUCCUUAAUAAAAAUAGAACCCAGAAACUUGGAAGGUCACCAAUGAAAUGCUCCUGGUGAGGAGGGGCAGUUUUAUUAGAGAGCUUGAUUGUCUGCCAAAACGGACCUCCCUGAGGAAUUUUCCUCCAUUCAGUUUCCACUAGCACUGCUCCUGUGUCUAAAAGGUGGAUGCAUACAGCUAUACAAUUGUUAACAGACAGUUCUUCCCUUAAUAUCCAAUAUUUCUGACCCAGGGGUGUUUUGUAGAGCAUUAAUCUCCUGAAAUGCUCUGGGUAGAGGAUGGGGCAAGUGUUCAGUGGUCACAAUAAUCUUAUGAGACACUACAUUUCAUCUCUCGAGAAUCUCAAACAGCAAAUAUAAACAUCUCUGAGAAGCCCUGAUGUUAAUUCAUUUUUAUUUGGUUUAGCUAGGUGUAAAUUAAACAUUUGACCACUGAGCUUUUUUUCAUGGAAUAUAUAUGAUCCACGAUUGCUCUUGUAAGAGCCUGGCUAAUGAGUAACUGAAAGAAAACAAUCACAAAGGACCACUGAUUCAGGCACUCUGGUCUACAAAGUAGGACUUGCUCCUGCAGCACCAGUUAGAUUCCAGGCUUGAAGUCAACAUCUUGCCAAGAUGACAUUACCCUGGAGUUUUCACAUCCCAAGGAAGGUCCCACCUUCUCCCCCCAGUAGUAAGAUAAGUUUGUAUAAUUAAUUUGUACAACUUGUGUGAUUUAAGGAGCAGGACUUCCAGAAUGGCCAAGUAAGGAGCUCAGCAAAUCCUCUACCUAAAAAGCAAUGAUAAAAGUGAGCAAACUCGAGACUUCUUUGAAGGUCCAGUGGUUAGGACUCUGCACUUCCAAUGCAGAGGCAUGGGUUCUAUCCCUGGUUGGGGAAUUAAGAUCCUCCAAGCCGUGUGGUGUGGCCAGGAUAAAUAAAUGAAUAAAUUUUAAAAAGCAAACAAACUUGUCCAAAAAAAAUGUAAAGACUCUGGAAAUUGACCAAAGGCAUACAACAAAUUGAGAAGCAUUUAUUUGAGAAAAUGUACUGAACUUGAGGAAAGAACGGUGGGAAUCUGAUGUUUUAGCCUGAGGCUGUUUCCAUCCCAACUCCCUGUCCUGGAACUCUGUGGCAUGGAAAUUCUACCAGGGUCAUCAGAGGGGGCCUGCCUUCCUUUGGAAUGGAGUGUGGAGAGUCCCACGUGUCAUUGUGGCUAACACUGCAGCUCGUCUGAGGUCUCAGUAGUGAUCAGGUUUAGCAAUAGACAGUGGACAGGCCAGGAGAUCUUGAGAAUUAGAUAGCUCCUGGUGCUCCAGGAAGCUGUGCUCAUGGACAGGGCCAUGUGUAUCUAAGGGGAGUCCUAAGAAGGCCCUAUGAAGCUACUUGUCCCUGGCUGGAUGUGAGGCCUUGUAAACACAGAAAAUAAAAACUGCAGCAGACUUGGAAACUGCUCAAACUUUGAAUGCAUUCCCCAGGCCACACAUAGAUUGCUCAGCAAAGAGCAGAAGCCUUACUGGCUUAAGGUGUUUAAGUGUAACUUCUGAGCAGUCAUUGGUUGACCACAAAGCUGUGUUGACUCAGGUGAUCCCUGGAAUCCAAGCUUAAAAAUAAAAACAAGAAUUAUAAAGGAAGAAACAGCUGAGCCAUCAGUGGCUGUACAUGGGGUGGGGGAGGCGAGUGGGGGAUGGCCUCCAUAGAAUUCCUCCUGGCGAGUCGCUAAGCACACAAGCCAGAAAAACCACAAAAAAUUUAAAACAAGCCAAACAACCACACAGAAGCCAGGGUUGCUAAAAUAUAUUAUCUGUAAUGUUUUUAAUGAAAAAUUACAAGACAUGCAAAUAAAUAGCAAAGUGACCAUACCCAGGAAAAUAAGGAGUCAUUAGAAAGCUGUCUCAGGGAUCAGAGUAUUAUGGAGAUGAGUGAGAUUAGUUUUAUAUCCUGUAUUCCACAUAAAAUUUUAUUGAAAACAAUUGCACAAGUCAUUAAAAUUUCUUUGAAAAUAUUUGUAGUGAUUGCUUAGUGUUCCGUAAUAUGGCUAUACAUAAUUUAUCUAACUAUGCCCCUAUUGUGACACUAUACUACAUUUUAAAAAUUUCUUUCAUUUGAUACAUUCCACGCUUUUGAUUGUUUCAUUUAUGUAGUUUUGUAAGAUGGAAUUAAAAAAUGAACUAAGAUCCUUGAAAAAUAUUGCCAGGCUAAGCUCCAGGAAAGUUGUACAAUAUUAAACUCACAUCAGCAGUGAAUAUGAAUUUCUCUAUUACCACAUCUUGUACUUAGAAAUAAAUAAAUUAGCAAUUUAA